UCCCUUCAAUCUUCCCCACAGUGUGGAGCAGCCGGCAGCGCGCACACACACACUCUCACUCACACACUCUCACACAACCACACACACUCACACUCACUCUCGCACACACACUCUCGCGCGCGCGCAACAAAGCAAGCAGACGAGGGAGGCGGGUAAUAAAGAAAAGAACAUCACAGAGGAACAACAGCACCGUUACACCUGGACUUUUUUCGGAUACUGCAGUCCGCCUGGAGUUUGUGCCAUUUCCUGUGUGCUUCACAACAUCUCGGCUCACGUCUGAUCCUUCCUGUGGAGGGUUUGAGUCUCAUCAGCUGUGCGUGCAGAGAUCCAGAUCCGACGACUGUCUACAUUGCUGCUUUGUGCAUCUGCCAGACGGGAACAAAGUGUGCGACUGGGAUAUCUGACAAGCUCCUCUGGGAACCGACGCUGCACCGACUGUCAUAGAGAGAAAGAGAGAGAGAGAGAUAGAGGGAGUACUAGAAAGAAGGAGCAAGAUAGAUAGAAAGAGAGAGAGCCAAAGUCAGGGCAUGAGCAGGAGACUAGAAGCCGGUUUUCCAGAGAAGUGAUCGCCACAGUGCCCCCUCCUCUUCCCUCACCUCCUUCCUUCCUUCUCUCCUCUCUCCUGUGCCGCUGCUCCUUCUUUCUUAGCGCACACCUCCGCUGCUAUCCCAUCCUUGUACCUCCGCUCUCCUUCCAUCACCUCCUCCUCCCCUGCUCCCAAAGACGGCGAGAAGAGGAGAGGCACGGUGCACGCACGCUUGCCUGUGUCCAUAUCAUCUCAUUUUCUCUCUCCAUCAUUCCUCUGGCUCAGUCCCUUACACGGAUCUAGCCUCUAGCUGCGGAACCACAAGCGGAGGCUUUUUGAGUUGUUGGAUCCCCGCUCGCGAGUCUCUGUAUCCAGCCACAGCCAGAAGGAUUCCAGCUACAUGGGCAAACGCUUGGAACAGCAACCAAUGUACCCCCAGUACACUUACUAUUACCCUCACUACCUUCAGACUAAGCAGUCAUAUGCCCCGCCCCCUCCGCCCAUGGCUCCGCCUAGCCCCAGCACCAAUAGCAGCAGCCACAGUGCAGCGGAGCAGCUCAGUAAAACCAACUUGUACAUCCGGGGCCUUCCGCCUGGCACCACCGACCAGGACCUCAUCAAACUCUGCCAACCGUAUGGAAAAAUAGUGUCAACAAAGGCAAUCCUGGACAAAAACACCAACCAGUGCAAAGGAUAUGGCUUUGUGGAUUUCGACAGUCCGGCGGCGGCGCAGAAAGCUGUAGCGUCCCUGAAGGCCAGCGGCGUGCAGGCACAGAUGGCAAAGCAACAAGAGCAGGACCCCACUAACUUGUACAUCUCCAACCUCCCGGUUUCGAUGGAUGAACAAGAGUUGGAGAACAUGCUGAAGCCUUUCGGACAUGUCAUCUCCACACGGAUACUCCGAGAUGCCAACGGGGUCAGCCGAGGGGUCGGUUUUGCCAGAAUGGAGUCCACUGAGAAAUGUGACGUGGUGAUUCAACAUUUUAACGGAAAGUUCCUCAAAACCCCACCAGGAGUUCCAGCCCCGACGGAGCCGCUGCUGUGCAAGUUUGCAGACGGGGGACAGAAGAAGAGGCAGAGUCAGAGCAAGUACCCUCAGAAUGGUCGACCGUGGCCCCGGGAAGGAGAGAGUGGCAUGGCGCUGACCUAUGACCCCACCGCAAUGCAGAACGGGUUCUACUCCUCACCCUACAGCAUCUCCACAAACCGCAUGAUCGCUCAAACGUCAAUCACUCCAUUCAUCGCAGCCUCUCCUGUCUCCACAUAUCAGGUCCAGAGUACGUCGUGGAUGCCUCACCAACAGUACGUUAUGCAACCUACGGGUGCUGUUAUAACGCCAACCAUGGACCACACCAUCUCCAUGCAGCCCGCGAACAUGAUGGGACCCCUAACCCAGCAGAUGAACCACCUGUCUCUGGGCACCACUGGCACUUACAUGACUGCGGCUGCUGCUCCUAUGCAGGGGACCUAUAUUCCCCAGUACACUGCGGUGCCUGCCUCUGCUGUCUCAGUGGAGGGAGUGGUGACGGAUGCUUCUCCACAGAGCGUCCCAGCCUCGUCACAGGACGCCAGCGGGCAGCAACAGGCUCUGGGUGUGGAAAACACCAGCGAUCACGCGCCCACCUACUCUUUUCAGCCCGCCAAAUAACCAGAGGAGGAGCGGGGCGCUGAGGUGACUGCGUUGCCUUGAGACUGGGGGACUGCAACGAGGGAACAUUGAAGACAGAGCGCAAGAGAUAGGAAAACACGUUUGUGUCUACUUUUGCACAAGCAUCUAAAAAACAACAACAAAUAAACAAUUUAUUUAACACCUGGCCCAUAGCGGAGGACCUUUGGAGAACUCACAACCAGAUGGGAAACCAGAUGAGAAAUGCAGUCUGGGCUACCCUGACGAAAAAAAAACUUUACCUUCAUGAAGUGAACGAAUUCAAACAAGUACAAGUUUUCCUAUUCUUUUUUUUGAAUGUGCAGGUAGGUUUUCAGAAACAGUGGGUUUUUCUAUUAGACGAGGAAGCACGUUCUUGUAAAACAAUGAGAGAAGGAGCAAAAGAAGUCUUCCUCGGAAUUCUAAGCUACUAUUACUUUUCUUUUUUUUAUGAGUUAGAUUUUAGUUUUCUAGAGAAUAUCAAUGUUUUUUCAUCUUUGUUGCCUUAAUUUCAAGAAACAUCUAAGACUUUUUCCUGUUUGAACUGAACAAAUGCAGUGAAAAUGACCUGACACAGAAAGGAAAAAUUACUUGUAUAAAGCAUAGAAAGAGAGAGAAAGAGAUAGAGAGAGAGAGAGAGAGAGAGAGAGAGAGAGAGAGAGAGAGAGAGAGAGCGAACGGUCUCCUUGAGACGUUUUAAAUUAUCAGUGGUGACUUUGUGUUUAAAUUAGGGGACAAAAAAAUAUUGUGGUCAUGAUGAUGAUGAUGAUGAUGAUGAUGGUGAUUAAAGAGAGUUGCAUUUUUUUAGAAACAGAGGAAAAAAAAUGUUAAUCCACUGCAUCAUGGGAAAUGCAGUUUAUUGUGUAGUGCAGAUCAUUUUUAAUGGCAUUAUUGUUUUUAUCUGCAAUAUUUUUUAUGAGCUUUAAGGUGUUUUUAGCCUGCUUUGCUUGUUUCAUUGCGGAAAAACAAAAAAAAAACUAAAACAGUCGAAAAAAAAAAUGGCAGUGCAAAUCUACAUAGAUUAAAAAAAGCUUAUGGAUUAAAUCAAGACAAAAAAAAGCAAAUGUGUGCAAAAAGCAAUAGUAAUAGGAAAUUGUUGACAAUUUCUUUAGUCUUUCUUAGCUGUGGAUCAAAUGCAGCCCAUGGAUGGCAUAUUUUAUACCAAAGAUGAAGAAACCCCCCUCAAGACAGUGGAGUGGAUCGAUUCUUUUUUCCUUUCGUUUUUUUUUCUGUCAGAUUAUUAUUUUUUUGUUUGUUUUUUUUGGCGUAGUAGUAGUUUGGUUUCAGUGGUAUGUGGUCUGACCUUGACGGCCAGAUUGGUACCUGACGGUUUAAACUUCCUUCCACUGUUGCAGAAUCUAUGUCAAUUGUUGAGAGGCAGAAAAGCACCAUCGCUGAUUGUCAUGAGUGUGAUUUUUGUCCAGCAGAGGGUGGCAGAGAGCGACUGAACCAUCAAUUAUCCUCCGUCUGCCCGGCUCAAUGAACUAUACCUCUAUCGCUGCACCUUCUCGGUCGCCGGCCCAUGGUCGGUCACUACUAAACACGUCCGUUCAGUUCCAGCUUUCUCUCAGAGAAAGCCGUUUUACCGUCAUUUCAACUCAACAGGAAGGAAUCAAAGCACUCACUAGUGUGUGUAUUUAAACUCUGUGUACAGAUCACUACCUCAUCGAAAGCAAUUUUACCAUGAGGAAACACAGGAGAUUGUGUUGCAGGUCAUGAAACACAAGCUUUGCUUCAGGGGCACUGAAAAAUGUUAGCAUUUAGCAGCAUUAGCUUAACAUGUUGUUGUUCUGAGCACCUCCGUCCUUCUCUGUUUUUGCAGUCACAUCGAUUGAAACGCCUCAUAUUAUAUGCAAGGUUUCUUUAAUCAACCGGAUGCCAUAGGAAAUCUCUCGUGAACAUUACUUGAAAAACAAUGGCUCUGUCCCAACGCCCUUUUGGGUUGCUUUCGAGUCUACGUUUUGGUGACUCGAUGCUAGUUAGUAAUCCAUAGUAAUUGUAAAAAUGACCAUUGCACGACUGGGACAGAGCCUCUAAGGUGCCCCGUCAUCAUGGGAUUCGGCGGUUGCUCAGGUGCCUUGACAGCUGGGAAAUAGGGUGCAAAAUAUCUUGUGUAACAUUUCGACCUUCCAUUUCUGAAAUCUGCUUUCGUUUUAUCAAACUGCCCAUUUCAGAAACUAGCAAAGAAGUGUAGAAAGGGCGAAAAUCUCAUAUAUUAGAGGGAUAUGUUAUCCAAAAUAAAUUAAUUGUCAUCAAAGGUGUUCCACAAUCUGUAUGACUUACUGAUUCUCAGUUAUCUCAGCUAUCCAUCCUCGUAUGUCCACAAGUACCUGAAUGGUCUAUUAAUUUCAGUUAAAUGUGGAGAUGCUUGUACAUUUCACAUCAGGGGACAAAGAGAAAGCUAAAUAGAAUUAUAAAUAAACUAAAAAGUGUCAAAAGCUACAAACAUGAAGAGACCUAUGGUUUAGUAGAGAUGAUACAAGAGUUAAGUGAUUAAAAACAAAAGCUGAUGUUUAUUUAAUUGUACCCGCAUUUCAAUCUGUCUGCAUCACCAUUAUGAACUUUUACAGAGAUAUGUUUGGUUAUUCUACACUGUAAAACCUCAAAAAGUUAAGGUAACUCAAACCAUUUGAGGAACAGAUUGCAACAAACCAUUUAAGUUCAAAAACUAAUCCUAAUGUGUACCGUGAACUUAAUCCAUUUGAGUAAAAGAAGCAAUUUGUGCACAGUAAAACCCAAUAAAUAAAGAGAACUCAAUCCAACUGUGUACUGUAAAAGCCAAUAAGUUAAGGCAACUCAAACCGUUUGAAGAAACCGAUUGCUACAAACCACUUGAGUUGAAAAACUAAUCUAUAUGAGUACUGUGAACUUGCUCCAUUUAAGUUGAAGUAAUGAGGUAUUUCAUUUACUCAUUCUCUUCAACACUGAGUUCAAAACUCUUUUCAAAUGAGUGGAAUUAACUUUCAGUACAUUUUGAGUUAACUACACUUGAUUCAUUUGAUUAAGUUAACUGUUGGGUUUUACAGUGUAUCAUUUUACAGUGUAUCAUCUACAGCUAACUAGGGAUGUGUGAUAUUGACACAAAAAUAUUACAUUUUCAUAACAACAUUUUUUUUUUUAAGCUGGUAGCUUAGUUUAAUCUAAUCAGUGAUAAAUGGUUUUGUUCAAACUAUUUUCAUUGGUAAAACAACCCAAAAAAACGUGGCCCUAAAACACAAAACCACAAAAGGCAUUAGUGUAAAUUAAAUACAUGACCUGAAUAAUUAAAUAACUCUCCAUUGAUGUAUACUUUGGUUGGACAGGACAAUAUUUGACAGAGACACAACUGUUUGAAUAUAUGUAAUCUGUGAGUUCAAAAAUACAUAAACAAAUACAGAGAGAAUUGCCUUUAAAUUUGUCUAAAGUGUGUAGCAACAAACAUUACUAAUCAAAAAUUGAGUUUUGAUAUAUUUGCAGUGGGAAAUCUACUAAAUAUCUUCAAAGUACGUGAUCUUUAUUAAUAUUGUAAUGAUUUUGGCAUAAAAGAAAACAGAUAAUUGUGACCCAUACAAUAUAGUUUGGAUUUUACCAAAAAUAUACUCCUAUAACGGCAGCUCAGUGGUUAGCACUGUCACCUCACAGCAAGAAAGUCGCAGGUUCAAGUCCUGGCUUGGCAUUUCUGUGUAAAGUUUGCAUGUGUUCGCUUGGGUUUCCGCUCGGGUGCUCCAGUUUCCCCCACAGUUCAAAGGCGUGCACUAUAGGUGAAUUGAAUAAGCUAAACUGGCCGUAGUGUAUGUGUGCUAAUGAGUGUGUAUGGAUGUUUCCCAGUGAUGGGUUGCAGCUGGAAGUGCAUCCGCUGUGUAAAACAUAUGCUGGAUAAGUUGGCGGUUCAUUCCGCUGUGGCGACCCCUGAUGAAUAAUGGUACUAAGCCGAAGGAAAAUGAAUAAACAUUUGACAGACACAACUGUUUGAAUAUCUGCAACCUGUGGGUUAUAAAAUAAUAAUAAAUACAGAGAGAAUUGCCUUUACAUUUGUCUAAAGUGCUUAGCAAUUCACAUUCCUAAUCAAAAAUUUAAUUUUUAUAUAUUUGCAGUGGGAAAUUUACUAAAUAUCUUCAAAUUACAUGAUCUUUAAUAAUAUUGUAAUGUUUUUUGGAACAAACAAAAAAAACUAAAACUUUGUACUUUUACCAAAAAAUAUACCUCUAUAACAUAAGGUGAUGGUAUUGUGGACAAAUGUAAGUCACUCAAUAUUAACUUGUUUGUUGGACUGGAGUAUAAAAUCAAUAUCACAUUUGCAAUCAUGCUCAGAUGCUGGAAAUGGCACUCUCGUUUGUGGGAUAUUAUUGAACUAUAUAAUGUCUUAUAUAAAACAAAAACCCAUACAGGGAAAUUCGUUCAUAACUUGAAUUAUAGGCUCAUUCUUCAUUCUAAUAGUAAUAAUCAGGCAGUGAAUGCUUUUGGACUUUAUUAGACUUUGUUUUUGUUUGUUUUACGCAAAGGGAGUGACAUUCUCGAUAGUGUGAGCUCGCAAAUCGUUAAAACAACAAUUAAGAUUAUAUUAUUACAGACCAUGAAUUUCAGAAACCCCUAGAAACAACCGACACAUCAAUAUGCUGCUUUAUUUCUUCAUAAUAUGACAGGAAAUUGAAGGAAUCGAGAAUGUAAAAUGUGACAGGAUGACUGACAGGACGAAAAAUGAAAGUCAUUAUUUUGAUAACAGAGGUGUUCGAACUAUCUUAUUUCACUAUUAGCAGAAAGAAAGAAAGUCAUACAGGUUUGGAAUGACAAAAUUAUUGAUUAAUUUUUGGAGGAACUAUCUAUUUAAUACAACAACAAGGCUGCUGUCCUUUAUUAACCAUGAAUUGCGUGUUAUUUGAACGCGGUCAGAUAGGAAGCGCUCUAUUAACACGUCAGCAAAGAGUUUCCACACACACAUGCUGAAUAAUAGACUGGAAUCAUGGCCGCUCAUAAAUAGGUUUUACAGUCGGGUGAUUAGAGUUGUCGAGGUGCUCUGGGAAUACAUUAUUCUGACAUUAAAGAGAGACUUUUGAAAGUCAUCAUAAACGCUUUAGUCUAUUUUUAUGCUCUACGUAAUGAGCUCAAUUAGCCACUAGGGGACAGUAUUAAAGCAAAGUUGGUGUACUUUAUCCUCUGUGAUGACCAUUACAGUGAGCUGAGAAAAGUUCACACUGUGGAUUAAAGCGAUGCCAAGUUCAUGACUGCUUCAAAGAGGACAUGAAGCUAGCUUUUCAUUUUCAAAACAAAAAGAUACAAAAAAAGGAAAAAAAAAGUCACUGUGUUUUUUGUGUUAUCCACUGUCUUUUUGGAGAGUUCUUUUUAUCAUGUGCUCGCUGCUAUCAAGCAUUCAGUAUUUAAGUGGUCUGGGCCUUGGGGACGGAGAGAAAGUCUCUUCAUGAAAGAGUGAAUAAUUGUGUGGGAUAAAGCUGAAGGUUUGGAUGGAGUUUUCUCAUCCCAGCUGUAAUUUAGUAAGCUAAAAACACUUUGUUUCCAUCCACUCGAAGGCUUAGAAACCCUGUGCUCCAUUCAUUGGCUGUGAGGUCCAAGCCAUGCAUUAUAUUUGUGCAUCUGAUUGGCUGUCGCAGUUGAGGUCAUUGAAUGGCCGAUGUUCAUUCGCUGGAUGGACUGUUACGAAACAGCGCAACUACGUUCAACCAAAUUCAACACAAACAGCAAAACCUCAAUUAGACACUAACGUACUGGCAGAUGAAAUAGAGAAAUAUUUAUGGAAAGUUUUUUUUUUGUACAGGUGUUGUUGAACUAUGAACGCGGAACAGUUUUACGAUGCUAACGAUGAUUUUUAAUUUCGUUUUGAGUUGCUUCACUUUCUUGCCUCCCAUGUGCUCGAGCUGUGAUCCUGAGAGUGUCUGUAGACCAGUGGAUGUUAGGUUUAAACUUGUUCAUUUUUUAUUUUUGUUUCUUUUGAUGAAGCUUUCAAUAAAAAAAUUCUACAAAAUCA